AUGGCAGCUCCACCAGGCAAGAUCGACCGUCAAACAACGACUCCCUUCUACCUAAAACUCUUCUAUAGAAAUGGUGCAUUCCACAGACUCGACGAAUUCAACCCACAAUCAGAACUCCCUCCUCACCUGCAAAUAUACACCUGGCCAUCAUGCACGCUCCGCGAACUCUCUCACCUUCUUACGUCCACCCUUCCCUUGUUACUGCCCGAACCAGCAAUCGGCACGCGUCUCUCAUUCCGCCUCAUCUUCCCCGACACGCGUAACCCUGGCCCCAAUUCCUCUGGGCCUGGUCGCUACAUGAUGAAGGAUCUUGGGAGCGUGGUAAUUGGUGGUGGGGGACCGGGAAUCCUUCCCAGCGAAGACGAGGCCACGAUUGUGCAAGGAGGUCGGAUGGCUGGACCGCUGGGAGGUGAGCCUGAGAAGACGCUGCAGGAUGCGAGGUUCGUGAUUGGGGAUUAUGUUUCUUGUGCGAUUAUGCCGCCGAUGGAGAAUGGAGGUGUUGCGCCGCCUCCUUCAGGGCCUGCUCGAGGCGGCUUCGGGGCUGGGCGGGGUGACUUCAGCGGCAGAGGGGGUGGCAUGGGACCAAGAGAGAAUGGAUAUGGCGGCUUUAGAGGAAGAGGUGGUCCGAGAGGGGGUGGGAACUUUGGCCAAGGUUUCGUUCCCACCGGCGAAUGGAGAAGGGGCGAGAGGUUACCUGAGGGUCCGCAAAGAGGUCGGGGAUAUGGUGGAGGGGGAUUUGGCGGAGGCAGAGGUAGAUACUAA